UGUUUCUUGACCUGAUGAUGGUAGGCAAUCGAUGAUUAUGUGUGGUUUAGGUGCUCUUUGGACAUGUUUUCCUUUGGUGUGUUAGCUUCUUUUGGUGCUUGUGUUUGAGUUGACUUGGGAUGUGGUGGGCGGCUGAAUUGCUUCUUAGCCUUUUGGUUGUACGGUUCCUGCUCCUUGCUUUCCCGAUUUCCCUUGCUUUGGUUGUUCGGUUCUUGCUCCCUGCUUUCUCGGUUUCUAUUGCUUUGGCUGUUCAGUUCCUGCUCCCUAUCUUUCUCGGUUCCCUUUACUUUGGUUGUUUGGUUCCUGCUCCCUGGUUUUCCCGGUUCCCUUUGUUGUGGCUGUUCAGGUGGGGGUCCAAUCGUGCCAUUGUGCUGCCUUUUUCUCCCAUUUUUGAUUGGCUGAGGGUGGCAGCUUUUGAUGGCUGUUAGCCUCCUUUUCUUUCCUAUUUAUAGGGGAGUUUUGGGCUGUUUUGAGGAAGUUUUUGGAAGUGAAAAACAAAAUUAAAACCUGAGGCUUUCUUCUCUAGCUUGAGAGCUACUUCUUCACUUCUUGUCUCUUCUUCCAAGUCUUCUAACCCUUUCUUCUCUCCACAAGUUUCCACCCCAUUGUAUCCUUCUUCUAAUAUUGAGAGUAGUGUUGGUUGGUAAGUUUUGUUGGGAUUUGUCGGAGGAGUUGUGGCAGACGUUGGAUUGGAUCAAAGUAGUUGUGGUGGACCACUAGUUUGCAUGUCCUAGAGCAUUACAUUUACCUAAUUUAUCGUUACAUGUGAGGUGACCACUAGUUGGUUGUUCUGAGGUUUUUUUUCUUUCUUUCUUUCUUUCUUCUUAUAAAACAAUUUCAGUUUGUUUAAUGUUAUUUGGUGUUUUUUGCUUACUAAGGUUUUGGAUCGAGUUGUGUUCUACUUUCUUUUGUGUACUCCAUUGGACUUUUAACUUGCUAGUUCCCAUCACAGUUGAGCGAGGAGAGGUGGCUAGGUUAUAUAAGGGGGAUAAGAUGAAGAGUAUGCAGGGAAAUUUUGCACUAAUACUGCGUCAGAAGAAAGAGUUCUUGUUCUUGUUGACUGAAAUCAUAAUUAUACAAGGUGAAUACAAAAGGAAGAAAGAUGUGACAACUCUCAAUUAAGAGGGUAUAAAAUGUAAUAACGUGCAUCUUUGUAAUCUAGUACUUACCAGCGAGGACUUUCUAAUCUCGUAGUUUUCCUGCAACAGGUACUUAUGGGAACAAAUAAUAUAAUAAAUUAGGAAAGUGCCACUUUGCUCUUAAUAUUUAAUCACUGAGCAGUAGUGAUACAUGAACAGAAAAAACUUACAAUAGAUGAAUGGGUAUUAUAUGCAAUUUUAUCAAAUUACAAAAGCAUUUAUGGAUUGUGAGCAUCGGUUUUUUCUGUUUAGCUUGUUUAACUUUUUCUCGUAAUCAUUUUCUGAUUACUUUUUGAUCAACUGAUUGAUUACAAAAAUAAAUAGAACCGGGAUUUCAAACUUGUAAUUCAUUUAUUUUUUGUUGGCGCCCACAAAAUAGGAGCCGGUUAGUAAUUAUCAUCCUGGCUGAAAUGAGUAAUAUUGGAAAAGUAAGAGAAAGUCCGGCUGGAAUCAUUUAUUGCUAAAUGGUACAUUGAUAAUCUGCAGCUGAAAGUUGAUAGUUUAUCUGCAGCUGAAAGAACUAAAUAAAAUAUUCUUGAGUUAAGUAUGCUUUCAGUUUGAGUGUUUGGAGGCAAAAAGUAGCAUCUAUGUGACUUCACCAAUUUCUUUUAUUACGUCUAUAUCUUCACUACUUAAAUCACCAUUCAAAAUUCUGACAAGUAAAUUGAGGCUUUAGUUUUAAUGGAUCAAAUUAUUUAUUUAAUGUAAAUCCUUACACUUUCCAUGCCAAUAAACUUUUUAAAAUAUCUGAUGGUUUUGAUAGCUCUAGUUGUGUGAGCAAUCUGAAGCCUCCAUGCAUAAUUUUAUGCUACUUGAGGUUUUUUUGGUAACUAGAUGGAUUAUAACUGUCAAGGAAAUGAAAAUGGGCACUUUUCCUUCUAAACUAAAAUUCUAUGAGCAAUUAAUGAGUUUGAUUUUGUGUGUUUUGUCCUAGGUUAAUUGCUCAAAGGAUGCAAAUGAUUCACAUUUGUUUAACCUAUUUACAUUUUUCCCAGUAGAAUUAAAUUUUGGAAUUGUAUACCAAAAACUAAAGCUAACUUGGAGUUGGAGACUACAUUGCAGAUUCAGAUUUUUCCAUAUUCCGUAUACUACAUAUUUUUUGAGCAAUAUCUUAAUAUAUGGAAGACGGCAUGGACCCUCAUUGCAAUUGGUCUAGGUGCUGUGUUCAUUAUAUGUCUGGUUAUCACUUGCAGCACUCUAAGAUUAAAAUAUUAAAUGCAGCCUCUGGACAUCAGCAAUGAUUUUGUUAGUGUUAGCGAUGAUUGUCCUUGACAUGAUGGGAGUCAUGGCUAUCUUGAAAAUUCAGUUGAAUGCAAUUUCAGUUGUCAACCUUGUCAUGUCGAUAGGAAUUGCUGUUGAGUUCUGUGUGCAUAUAACACAUGCUUUCCUGGUAAGUAGUGGAGAUAGAGGGAGCCGGGCCAAAGCAGCUCUGUGCACAAUGGGCGCCUCUGUGUUCAGUGGAAUCACUCUUACGAAGCUAGUAGGUGUAAUUGUGUUGAGCUUUGCAAAAUCACAAGUCUUUGUGGUUUAUUAUUUCCAGAUGUACCUAGCAUUGGUUCUCAUAGGAUUCUUGCACGGGCUCGUCUUUCUUCCAGUUCUGCUUAGCAUUUGUGGACCUCCUUCAAGGCGGGUUGCUGAAGAAAAGCCAGAAGAUCAGCCUGCAGUUUCAACCGAGUAAUUAAUAUAAUCAAAAUCAAGCUAUAAUUCUAUUAGUAUGCAAUCAGUUAUGCUUAUUUUUCUUUAUAUUUGUAAGUGUGGUGAACAUUUAUGUAUUUAUUGUGAUGAACUUGCAUGACUCUGCAUUUAGGAAGGAACCAAUAUAGAAACUAUUGAGGCUUUGCAAGCAUAAGCUUGUAGAUA